UUUUUUUUUAGAUGCAAGUUAUUGUUUUGAACGUACUUAAUGAAUGACUUCCUCACGCCUUUCUCUGCAAUCAGUAUUAGUUUAAUUAUUCCCUCAGACCAUAAGGAUUAUUAAUUCUGUCCAGAGAGCCUGUCUGAGCGUAUUAAAGUUUUUUUUUAUUAUAGUCUGCCUACAAUGUUUUUUUUUUUUUACAUUUUCCCUAUACUUAACAUAAGCACCAUAACAUUUUAAUAUUUGUAUUACUUAUAUCUACAUUUUAAAAAAUCUUUGAAUUGUUAUCAUUUGUUUCUUUUUUGAUUCAUGAUUUUUUUCCUCAUAUUUUAAUUAUUGUUAUUGCACAUUAGCCUUUUAGCACAUCAUCUACCACCCCCACAUUACACUCCACAAGUAUAUGGAGUAUGUGACAAAUAUUUGAAUCUUAAGUAUAAGUAGUCGUAAAUAUGAUAGUGUGCAUACUGAGUGGUGAUGGUUAUUGUACACUUGUGGACAGCGAGCAAUGACUGCUAAUGCUCCCAUUCAAUAGAAAUGAAGGUGAGUGUGACGCGAUCACAUGCUGAGAACUUUUUUCUUUCACACAGAACAAAUGUAGAAUGAGAUAUUGUGACUGUAGAACAUGUUUUCCAGCUAAAUGCAUUUCUAUAUCCCAAAUUAAUCAGGAAGUGGUUUCUAAAAUGCACUUCCAAAGAUAUAACUGAUAUUGUUUGGUCAAAUAUAUUAUUUUCUUACAGAGGCUGUUUACUGAUGUGAGAGUUGUUGGCAAUUUCUUGCAUCGUGUAACACGUCAGUCAUUGCGUCACCAUGGAAACCAAUGUGCCCAGUUGCUGUUGGAGCGUCUGAAGCGCAGAGGCAAAGGUGUGCCAAAUACAGUGUUAUGGAGUGGAAUAAGAGGAAUCAACAGAGAUAAUUAACAGCAGGAAAACAGUUGAGGACCGUGGAUAAUCUUAAAUGUCAGUGACAGAAGCUCAAACUGGGCGUAGUUUGGUUCAGAAAAUGCUCAGGAGAAAGCUGACUUCUUCUAAAUAUCUUUUCCUGGGAAAAUCAAGCACAAAAACUGGAAACAGGAGCUUUGAGAUGUGCAGACACAAUGGCUCCAACUGCACAUGUAAUGUGACUGAAAUUUCUGUGCAGAGCUGUGAAGAGAAGAUCCGCGAAAGAGCAUCUCCUACGGAGGGUCGGACGCACUCCAUGAGUCCUGAAGCUCACCGAUCGGACCAACAUCAGUUCAUUCAAAACCUGAAUGCUCUGAAGCAAGUUUUCUCUUGCUUCACAUGCACCCUGAAACCUGGUGAGGGAGGCAGCCACGAUGAAGGUGAAUAUCACGCUGUUACGAUCCUCAACAGACACACCAGAGACUCUGUGGACCUGAACACCACAGAAAUACAUCAAUUCAGCAAUGCAGAAUAUAAAUCAACUGUGGAGAAGAGGGAAGCAAGUAAAAGCGAGACAUUUAAACCCCUCAAUCGACUCCAAUCAAAAGCAAAAUCUUCUAAUUCCCUGUUUGUAAAAUCAUUUUGGAGGCAGAAACUGAAAAAGCCUUCUCCUUUCUUCCAGGAGCGUAUUGGAGAAACUGAGGAGUACAUAGCAGAGGAGAUAAUAGUCCUGGCUAAUGAACAUGCUGAUGAGAGCAUAAACCCAAACACAUACCCAGAAACUGAGGGUAAACACCACUAUCCUCUGACAGUGAGUGUAGAUGUUACGGCUAUGAAGUUAGAGAUCAAUAAUGAAGAGAGUGAAGCCUCUAAAACAUCUUCACAUGGAAGCAAUGACAUGGAAGUGAUGGCGGGAAAUCCAGAUGUGAGGGUGAUCGGUAGUGGAGAGACUCAGAUGAUCCCACAGUCUCUUGAGGACUCCUGCCUGGCUCAGAACAGCACAGUGAGUCCGGAUCAUGGCCAUUCUCAAAAUGUGGACAAUUUACGCAAGCAACAAAGCACCCCUAAUGUCAUCUCAUGGGGAGCUGCGUCAGAGCAUCCAGCAGUGAAGGACGACAUCAGACUUUACGCAGCAUUCAACAGUGACUCAUUCUCAAUUCACCACAACGCUGCUGCAGUAAAUGGCCCACUGGGAAACAAAAUAACAGCGAGCACUGUGACAGAUGAUGUCGCUGAUGCAUCUGAUGGUAGUUUUUUUGUAAUGAUGGUAUACUCUGAGCACAAUGCAGAGCAACAGUGUGAGAAAAGAGAGCUUUUCCUGCUAGAAACGGCAUGCUCCGUGGUUCAGGUUGCAAUAAAGAGUGCACUGAAGCAGUUUAAAGAUGAACUGCUGGGUACCUCUGCCCACCUGGAUCCCCAUUGAGCAGCUUACUAUGAAGAGAAAAGCUAAUAUGUUUGUUAAUUCAAAAAUUGUACAGUUUAUCUCGAAGACGGCAGUAGAGAAAAGGCCUCGGUGUGAUGGGAGAUUAAAUGUGUAGGAAAACAAGUGAAACUUUUAGCCUCUUGGUUGUGCCACAGGAAAGGUCAAAGGUCAUCGAAAUCAGCAGAUUAGCUGCUGGGCAAUAACCCCCCAUUUCCUCCCAUUCUCUCUCCAUUUUUCUGUGCUGGAAUACAAUUUAUAGUCUCAAUGUGGUAAUUUGAUUAACACAAAUUAUGGAAUAUGCAACAUACGUACAUACAGUAUACAUAUGUAAGCACAAAACUGAAAAAAGGAUGGACUUAAAGGAGUAGUUUGACACAUUUUGGGAAAUAUCCUAAUUUUUUGCUAAGGGUAAGAUAAGAAGAUUGAUACCACUCUUAUGUUUAAAGGUCGAAUAUGAAGCUAUGGCCAGGAGCCAGUUAGCUUAGCUUAGCAUAAGAAUAGCCUACACCUUGCUUUUUUGUACAGAUCAAACACCCAAGAUAAAACAUGUUAAUUAGCAAGCUUUAGAAGUGCUGGUAUGUAUAUUUUGUUUAUGUAGACAUAACCCAAGCUAGCUGCUUCCUCCUGUUUAUAAUUUUAAUGAUAAGCUAAAUUAACCGGCUGCCGGUGGUAGCUUCAUAUUUUGCAUGCUCAAUCUUCUCAUCUAACUCUUGACAAGAAAGAGAAUAAGCAAACUCCCCAAAAAUAUCAAACUAUUCCUUUAAAACUAGUUUUUGACACAGGGACCCUCUUCAGAAAAGGUCUCAUACAAAUGUGAUGUGAAGAUAUUCUGGACCUCCUAAACGUUUCCAAAAUCUGAUUAUAAUCAAACAGGAAGAUUACCAUUAAGUUUCAGCACAUUCAGGCUCCCAUAUAAUCAAACCCGGUCUGUCUGUCGUCUAGCUCCACCAUGAGGACAAUAUUUACCACACUUUAUAAAGUCUAGAAUCUCCACGUUCAGGUUUUAUUAAACGGUUAACAGCAAAACUUGUUUAGGGCACUAUAAACCCAGUAUAAUAUUCCAAUACAUCCCAAUAUGAAUACUUAAGGUAGUUUAUGAUGACUUUAGAUCUUUAAUAUUCUUUUAUCUUGUUCAUAACAUCAUUGUAAUGUUUUAAAAUAUUCAUGUUGUCACUCGUGUUUCCGUCACUGAGUAUUUCAAUAUUUGUUUGCCACACAAUGUUGUCAUAGCUGAAAUAUUCAAAACAAACCACCGCCCUGCAUUGUUAUCAGCCAACUGUGCAUGUUUACCGCCCUCCAAUUAUAGAGAUAUCUGUUUUGGAUAAAUGUAUUAAAGUUGGAGUCUGCCACCGACAUUUUAUUUAUGUGAAUAAACAGUAAACCAGU